CUUCACUCUGAAGUUCAACUUUACUAAAGCAGAUAAUGGAGCAGAGUUCUGGUGUGAGGCCAAACUGGAAAUGGGACCUGAAGGACCACAGCCUCCUCCAGUGGUGAAGUCAGGAAAAGUCACUGCUACGGUCCACUACGGGCCUGAGCUGGAGGGAUCAUCAGAGGUAAAAAAAUAUCUAUAUCAAAAGAGGUGAAACUUUACACCUGAACUGUUCGGCUGACGGAAACCCUCCUCCCUCCUACACCUGGAUGAUCCCACUUGAUACCCUCCCCCACAAUGACCGUGUUUUCACUGUAGAAUCAGUAGAUUUUCGGCAUGGAGGGGAGUAUAUCUGUAAUAUCAGCAACAGCGUGGGUUUCACCGUUGUGAAAUUUCACGUCACAGUGACAUUUAAAGAUUAUACCUGUCAAGAACAACCCAUAUUCACUCCUUCCAAAGUGGUAGUGAAGUACGGUGAUCCAGUCAAUGCCACAUGUACAAUGUGUAGGAGCUGCUCUUCUCACACAUUAGAUUUGGAGCACAAUGUGGGAAAGAAAGCACGAAAUGGAACCGAGAUUUCAUGGAUAGUUGAUAAAAUAACUGAAUGGCGCCCAUCUCCUACUUGUUAUUACAGCACUAUUAACGGUGUCCAGUGUUGUAAAGAUCUGGAUGUCAUUGUCUACAAGCCUCCUCAUAAUGUGUCCAUCGGCUUUGUAAAUCACACUGGACCAAUAAAAAAGAAUGGUCUGCACACACUGCGGUGUGAUGUACUGGAUGUUGCCCCUGUUAACAACCUCAUUGUGACCUUCUACAAAGGACAGACAGCAUUGGUUCAGCUGAAAUCCACUGAUAACAAACCAGAACCAACGAAUGCCGACUUCACUCUGAAGUUCAACUUUACUAAAGCAGAUAAUGGAGCAGAGUUCUGGUGUGAGGCCAAACUGGAAAUGGGACCUGAAGGACCACAGCCCCCUCCAGUGGUGAAGUCAGGAAAACUCACUGCUACGGUCCACUACGGGCCUGAGCUGGAGGGAUCAUCAGAGGUAAAAAAUAUCUAUAUCAAAAGAGGUGAAACUUUACACCUGAACUGUUCGGCUGACGGAAACCCUCCUCCCUCCUACACCUGGAUGAUCCCACUUGAUACCCUCCCCCACAAUGGCCGUGUUUUCACUGUAGAAUCAGUAGAUUUUUGGCAUGGAGGGGAGUAUAUCUGUAAUAUCAGCAACAGCGUGGGUUUCACUGUUGUGAAAUUUAACGUCACAGUGACAUUUAAAGACAUCAUAUUCAUUAUUCUUGGAGUAAUAGUAGGGCUAGUUCUGAUCUGCAGCGUGGUACUGAUAGUAUACAAGUCUUAUAAACGCAACCGAAUGGGACACUACAGCCUGAUGGAUGUUUUCCAUUUGAAAAAACGACACACUCAAAUUCCUGUCAAAUAGAAAUUUUACGUAAAUGUCGAUGGGAACUGGAAGGGAGCUAGAAUGUUUUGCUUUAUCUGCAGUGUUUGACUCACAAGGCCCCUUAAAUACAUUGAGAAUCAGCUGCAAUGUCUCUAAUCUGGAUCUGGCUUGGGUCACAAGACUUUUUCCUUCAUUCCUGUCAUCUCUUUACUAAUGCUAGCUAAGAAAUUAGAUCAUUUUUAUAUAAAAAAAAAAAAAAAACAGUGGUGAGGUGACCUCUGUACUAAAUGGAGCGGAUCACUUCCUUUUAGACUAACAUAUUUUAACUUUUGUAAAGAACUCACCAGAAGUCUGCAUCUAAGCUUGAGGCUCAGAUAAAAGAUGCCUGCUGCUCAGACUGUUUUAUUUUUUUCUUAUUGAAGGUAUGUCACAGAGUAUUUAGUUAAAGGGGUAAAUGCUCUAUGUCAGUAUUAAGCAAAUGUGAAGAUUGAAAUCAACUAUGACUAUAGUCUAUUGCUGUUGCAGCUGGAUGCUAGUUUUUUAGGAAUACCAUGCUAACAAUAGUCCUGUUUUCAGCUAGUGGCAGCAGAACUGUGGUCAUGAGACUCAUUUGUCACAAAAGUAUGAGGUCACAGUUGAACAUGCAUCACAGGGUUUUUUUUUACAGUUAGCACAACAAAUUUAAUAGUCAGGAUCUCAGUAUAACAAAGAAACCACCAGCAGUCUUUUAAUUGUGUCUUUGUGGUGUGUUUUACUGACACAUUAUUCUGACUGGUGGUUUAUGGUCCAGCUACAUGUUCAAGUGGACUUGGUAACUUAUUUCGCUUGGAAUGAAAUCUGCACAUUUUAUAUAAGCGGAG